GAGUGAUACUUCAGUAAAGUGAGUGAGGUAGAAACUUAACUUCAGGGGGAGAAACUGGCAGCAGACGAAAAGGAGCUGGCACUGAAGGAUAUCUGAUCUCAACUGGGAAAAACAAGAGGGUUAGAAUGGAAGCUGGGAGAUACUUUACUGUGUUGGCGCUCGUUUUAAUUCAUGGAGCCAGGGCUGGAGAAUACCAGCACAAAGAUUACCUGGUCUACGUGGUUCAGGAGCAGAGUCCGGAUAAACAGUUUGAUGUGGAGGUGGACGGUGAUGAGGUUCUCUACAUGGAUUUCAACCUGAAGAAGGAGGUGGCGCGGAUCCCCGAGUUCCAGCACAUCGCAAUGCAGGGAGGAGAGGCGGGGAUCUCAGCCAACAUCGCCAUCAUGAAACAGAGUCUAAAUGUGUUGAAGAACCUGUCGCACGGGACCCUGGAACCGACAUUUCCUCCUCAUAUUGCCAUGUACUCUGAAAAUUCUGUAGAUUGGGGUCAGUCCAACACAUUGAUCUGUCAUGCUGAUGGAUUCCACCCUCCACACAUCACCAUGAAGUGGAAAAAGAACAAUGAACCAAUGACUGAUGGCGACUUCAUCACAGAGUACUAUAUAAAAGAGGAUUAUUUCUUCCAGAGAUUCACAUAUUUGAACUUCACCCCGAGUCCAGGAGAUAUGUAUUCCUGCCAUGUGAAUCAUGAAGCCCUGGAGGAGUCUGUGACCGUAUUCUGGGAACCCGAAGUGCCUGAGGAAAAGUCUGGUGCAGGGACAGUGAUCUGUGCUCUGGGACUCACUCUGGGAAUCAUCAGUGCUGUUGUAGGGAUCAUCUUACUGAUCAAAGAGAGACAGAGGCUGCAAGCUCUGCAGCAUGGCAUCUAGGGAUGGAAGACAAUAAACAUGUAACCACAUCACAUCCUCUUGCUGCCACACUCUGCUCUCUAACUGCAUCAUAUAUCCUCAAUCCUGCAUCGCAUCCUCUCAUCACUUCGUGUGAAGCAGCAGUGAACUGAAACGCAUUCCUGAUCUAAUGGAGCAUUGAUUUAUUCUCACUUUGAUACAAUUAUGUCAGAAUUUGUAAAUGUUUUUUAAAUCAUCUUUUUCGAAGGUAGACUAAUUUGCUGGAAACAUCUAUUCUUGUAUUGUUUUUCAUGAAAAUGUCAGAUCAUUAAGGUAUUUGUGGUGCCACAGAUUUCAUUAAAACUUGUACAAAUCUCUGGA